AUGUCUAGGAUGGGUUUCGAACCCGUGUCUUCCUGGGUCAACACCUUAGGCAUUCGGCAAUGGGUCGUCUUACCCCACCUCCAUGGAUGCAGAUCAAUAAACCCCCUCAGAGUCGGCUUCAUUGAUCAAGCCAUGGUUGACAUUCCUGAGCGUCCGCGAGUCACAGACUCGAAGAAAGUAUGGUGCUCGAUCUUGACAAACACCGCCUACCUGCCGGGCAUCUUGACCCUUGAAUAUUCUCUCCGUAAACACGACACGAAAUACCCCUUCAUCGUUCUCUAUACCGACUCACUCCCGGAGGAGGCUCAUGCCGCUCUCGAUGCCCGCGGCAUCCUCAAACAGCCCGUUCCCUACCUCAAGCCGGCGAUGACAACCGACUUGACCCAGGACAGACGUCUAUAUGAUGCCUGGACCAAGCUGAUUGCCUUUGCCCUGUAUGAAUAUGACCAUGUUGUCCUUCUUGACUGUGAUAUGAUGGUGCUUCACAACAUGGAUGAGUUGAUGGAUGUCGAGUUAGAUCCACCAGAGAUGGGAGGUAAGGGAAAGCGCGUGUUUGGCAGUACCCAUGCAUGCGUUUGCAAUCCCCUCAAGAGGCCUCACUACCCGGCCGACUGGUAUGUAUCUAUCUAUGGCAGCAGCCUUGACGAAAUCCCAUUCUAA